AUGGAACUACUUCGAUUAAGUUCUAAUCAUGUUGAGUUCAACUACAACAAGUACGAUAACAUGCAAUCAAACAUCGUCCUCUACAAUGAUACUCUCACUCCUAUUGCUUUCAAAGUACUAUUGUUGAUGACAUUCUUAGUUCAAAGCCUCCAAUCGAAAUAUCUUUUUAGUAAGACCAGCCAUCGGAAUCGUCUAGCCUAAACAAAACCAAGUAGUGCAUGUCACUCUCCACUGCAAAGUCCUUGAAAAUGCUAUGAGUAAUGAAUUCAAUGAGAAAUUGCAAUUGAUCUCUAUUCCAAUUUUCUCAGGAAUCCAAGACCCAGUAGCCAUUUUCAAAGAUCCAAGCAGACCAUCUGAUAACCAAAAAAUCAGCAUAGCCAUCUAAACUAUGGACAGAAAGAUCACAUCACAGGGUUGUGGAGGUCCUGAUCAAGUGUUUUAGUCACUUCAUAAAUAGAAUAGUGAAUUGGACUUUCACAACACCACCACAGAACCCAAGUUUGAUUAAACCAGAUUUCAAGCCAGCAACAACCCACCUAAUUUUGAACUGUUGUAGUAAGAGAUGGCACAAAAUGAAUAGCAACUAGUAAUCAUUUAUUAAAUAUUCAAUUUAGUUGAACUUGCAAAAGACUCACAGUAAUUCAAUCUUGAAACCAAAGAACGACCCCAAUAAAAACUCUAAAGAUACUAUCCUUAUGAUCAUCGUAAGCAUCUUGUCGUUCUACAUAAUUUUGCGAUAUUUUGAUUUAAUAAAUAGAAUUAUUCCAAAAUGA